GGGCCAAGAUGGCGGCGCCAAGAUGGCGGCCCAAGAUGGCGGCGCCAAGAUGGCGGCCUGGGCGAGGGGUGUGAGGGGGCUGCUGCUGGAUAUCAGCGGGGUGCUCUACGAUAGCGGCGGCAGCGGCGGCGGGGUGCCCAUCGCCGGCUCGGCGGAGGCGGUGCGGAAGAUCAAAGCGUCUGGCCUAAAGCUGCGGUUCUGCACCAACGAAACACAAGCGACCCGAGAGAAGUUUGUGAAGAAGCUUCAGGGCCUGGGCUUUGACAUCUCCGUGGCUGAAGUCACUGCCCCGGCACCAGCAGCCUGCCGCCUCUUGAAGGAGCGUGGACUGAGGCCACACUUGCUCGUGCAUGACGAUCUUGUCCCUGAAUUUGCUGAGAUUGAUAAAACAAACCCAAACUGUGUGGUUGUUGGGGAUGCAGCAGAAAACUUCUCCUAUGCAAACGUUAAUGAAGCUUUCCGAGUUCUGAUUGGGUUGGAGAAGCCUGUGCUGAUCUCCCUUGGAAGAGGACGCUACUAUAAAGAAACUGAUGGCCUGAAACUUGAUGUUGGAGCAUAUAUGAAGGCAUUAGAGUAUGCCUGUGAUGUUGAAGCUGAGGUAGUGGGAAAACCAGCAAAAGCAUUUUUCGAGUCAGCCCUCGCAGAAAUGGGAGUUCCGCCACAGGAGGCCAUCAUGAUUGGAGAUGAUAUUGUGAGUGAUGUCGGAGGUGCCCAGCAGUGCGGGAUGAGAGCUGUGCAAGUGCGGACAGGGAAGUACAGAUACACAUUCAGCUCUGAGAAGUCUGGAAUGUGAAAGCUGUUUCUCUGCUUCCCGUCUUAAACAGAGCGGGCUUCUGCAGGCCUGCUCACCUUGGCCUUUCAAACCUCUCUGUGUGCAGGUGGCUCCGUGAUCCUGUGUAUUCAUUGACCAAAGAGCUAUCAAUAGCUGCUCCUUGUAGCUCUUGAUAGCUGACCUGAGUGCAGUUAUAAACAUGGCACACUCCAGGGGUGCCCAGUGGAAAAUUAAGCCACUAUCUGUUGCUCAGGAAAGAUAAGGCUUGAAGUUGGCCCAAGGUGACUCCAAAUGCAACGCAGACAUCGCUCCGUACGUUUAACAUUUGGACUCCAUAACACUCAAAAUCUCCUUUUAGCCAUACCUCUUUGCAGUAGGCAUGGUUCAGUAACAGCAUUUGUAAUCUGACAUCAUUUAUAUUUGUAGUUUUUCUUCAUUUUCAGAUAUUAAGACUGUAAAAUAACAAUUUUGGGGGAGAGAUGCAACAAGUGGGAAUGGUGCUUGCCGUAAGCUAUCUGAAAUGCUGUUUUGUUAGUUAUCAUGUGAUGUUCUCUCUCGAUUUUAGCUUAUCUAAGUUGGUAAAAUAAUUCUGAUGGACCAGUAAGUGAUGAUUUUGGGGAAAGAAAGUAUAUGGUUUGUGCUGUUGGGGUUAUUUAUCUGUGAUCUGUGUAAUCCCAUUAACUGCCUAAAGGAGAGAAUUAGGAUUCGGCACUUGGUUUUUCUCUGAUCUCGAUGGCUAUCACCAGACAGCAUUCAGUGACUCCACGUCUUAAUGUCGCACAGAUACGAGUAUCAGUGAAGGAGCUAUCUCUGAAAACAGAGGUAAAUUAGGCUCUUGCUGCUCAGCAAACAUCUCCUGUGACAUACGUGGCCCGCUGUAAAAAUAAGGCACAGGUGAUGCUGCGCCGAAAGCUCUCAGGCAGUUGGCACACAUCUUUCUGUAUAGAUAUGAACAUGCACACACACACAAAUAUAUAGAAUCGUAUGUUUGAAAAGCCUUUUCUCGUAUCAAGCUUGAGCCAUAAUUUCAAAUCUGAAAGGAGGUCACAGCUGUUACAGAUGGGGGGAAAAAAAAAAAAAGAUUAUUUUCCAUUGUUAAAAGUCCUGUUUCAAUGCUCAGUUGCUGUUAUCCAAAAUAUUACCAUGUGGUAAUGAAAUACAGGUGAGUGUCUCAAAAUUGAGCAUGUGGUGCCAGUCCUAUUGUUAACAAUUCUGAGUAAAAUAAAAUAGUUUGUUUUUUUUUUCUAAGAGGCUAGAGAUGCGUAUGUUUUAAAGAGUGAUUCAUUUAGCAUACGUGGGAAAUUCAAAGACACAGUGAGUAUUGAAAGAGGCUGAAAAAAGCAUCUGGAUAAAAGUUGAUAGAAGAAAUUAAAAAUAACAGAAAAUAUAAUUAUUUCAUGGCUGGUUUUCAGUCUGAUAUUGGUACGUAGGUCCUCCCUUGUAUUUCUUGCUGACACAGAUGUGCACUGCGCUCAAGUACCUCUGGAUGGCACUGUUAGUACAGUUACUUCAGUAGUAGCUACAACUUCAGGCUGGAGCUCAGGCUGUUUUUGCAACAAUUUGGGGGAUAACUCGUGCAUGUCGUUCUGUAGGUCCAAGGGAUUCUGUUGUACUCCUCCAUUCUCAUCUAGAUGGUGACCCUGGCUGGCAGAGUGUCAUCUGUGGUGCGUUUGGGGCAGCAUGCCUUAUUGCAGGAGUCGCUGCAGCUGCUACCAACAUCCGUGAGAUCUGCUGCCCGCCAAGGGUUACACACCGUAGCACAAAAGAUGACGUGCACCAAGGCUUCCUGUAAGGCUUGUUGUAUUUCAAAGUGACUGCAGUGCUUGUGUGCAGGUUACAGGCUGCAGAGUAACUCUCUGCGUUUUUUUGGUGUGAAUAAGCUAAAAGAAGAGGUCCUCUUUGUCCUGAAAGCCUUGCAGGUGAGCUGAAGGUCCAGAAGGGGUGUAGCGUGGAGAGCUGGUGUAGCUGCAGUGCUGCCUCCUUCCCUGUGCUCCCACACUUUUGGCUGGAGCUGGGCUCUGCAAGGGCUUGGUGCUGGCUACUCCCAGGGUGAGAUACAAGUGUGGAGUAAGCUGGUGCAAAAGCACUCAGUUUAACACCACCUUACACCAGAGGUCCUGAAAAUUAACACCCUUCUCUCACCUUUUUUUUGGAUCAUAAAGUUUAGUAAAAUUAGCGUAGUCAAUUCCUUUUAUUUUGACAAGGUUUGGCGUCUUCUCACUUCUGCAUCUGCGCUUGUUCCUCUCCUCAGAAGCACCCGAUCUUCCAGCAGGACAUAAGCGUUGGUCUCUUCCUCAGUAGCCAAACCAGGCAUGGAGUACGUUUGCCCAUAAAAAGCAGUAAAUCAUGGAAUAAAACCUCUUUUGUCAUGAGUCAGGACAGUAAUGGAAGGGUGUUGGUGUAAGGUGGCGUUUUGGGUUGAUCUCAGCCAGCAGGGUUCUCCAACACGGGGUGAGUACUUUGCUUAGCCAAAUGCAGCCUUUUUUAGGUGUGUACACUCCAGGUGUCACGUUGGAUCUGGUCUGGGGGUGUCACCGCCCUCAGUCACCCCUUCCUGCCACGCUGUGCACAUCAGGUGUGUGCUGCGGGCUCCUGUGGACCGAGAGGAGGCAGCGUUAGGUUUUCCAGCUCUGGGAAACGUGGUGCUAAUUGAGACGUUUCUGUGCACACCUGUGUGGAGCACCUUCGUAGCCAACAUCUUUCCGAUCUAGGGCAGAACACGUACUCGCCUUCCUGCACAGGGUAUGUGCUAAUUCCACUUGCAGCUAAUUGGCCUUGACAUCAAACCAAUAAAUUCCACCAUAACUAUUGAUCCUGCAAUGCCGCCUGAUGUUCUUGUUCCUCUUUGCAGUGUGCAAGUUAAAGCAGAGAAAAAAUGACUUUGAGGCUCUUCCAGCUGUCUCCCCGUAAAAUCAGAAACAGCUUUCAGUGCAUCAGCUUGAUUUGUGACAGGGCAGGAGAAUCCCACCUCUCUCCUUGCUGUUAUUUACAGGGUUUGAUUUAUAGGCAGUGAGCUCAGCAGAAAGCCUUUGCAGUAAUACUGCAAAUAAACCAGAGGUGGCAGUGUGCAGACCCCUCACAGAAGCACCUGCUGUCCCUGCUGGCCUGUGCAACAUCCCUGAGCUCUCUCAUAAUGCUACAGGUGAAAAAUAGAGCAGGGAUAAAAGGGGCCCGGGACAGCUGCCAUCUCCUGCUCGCUCUGCCACUGCCCUCUGGGAGAAGUGGGUCAGGUUACUUCACGUUGUCCUUCUUUGGUUUCCCCACUUUGUAAUCAUCCACUGAGAAUAAUUGUCCUGACUUUAUUAAGAAAGUGGUUUGUGAUCUGUUCCUCUUAUCUGAUCGAAGAAAACAUACGGAAUUUUGGAGCUUUAAAGGAAAUCAGCUUGCCAGAUGUGAUCAAGACAGAAGCCGUGACAGAGGAAGAUCUUUUGGGCUGACAUCAUCAACUGACUAAGGAUUCAGAAAAACAGGGGUGGGUCUUCAUAACAACCUCCUAAAUGAGGUUAUUAAACGAUUCUUAGAAGCGAGUUUCCACCCGGGGAUAAAUUCACAGCUACCACAGCCUGUAUAAGAGUAAAUGAAAGAUCACGACACCUUUCACAAAGAAACGGGCACACCUUACUGCUCUGCAAAGAUCCUGAAACGGGAGCAGCAUCCCUCCCACCCUCGCUUUCUUGUUCCCCGAAUUGCUAACCACAGCCAAGAUGAACGAAUUUAUGAGCUUCGUGUUUCGUGGCUCUUGAUGGAGCAUACCAGAAGUGCGGAAUGAGAACUAACGCGCAGGGGCACUCCCUUCGUGCUGAAAGAGAACCAGAGGCAUUUGGAUGGCCUCACAGUCCUGGUAAUUAAGCCUGUUUCAAGUACUAAAUGGAAAGGUUUCCAACCCGUGUUUGCACUAUAAAUGGUGCGUUAUAAUUUAUGGUGGUGUCUUAAGUAAUGUUUGUUAACAUCUAGUGUCAGCAAGGCAGUCCUGGUGUGGUGUGAUAGCUGAUGGCAGCAAAUCCGGAGGCAUAGGCUUAGUCACCAUUUGUUACGUGUUCAAAUCACGGUUUGUUCUGUCCACGUGAGGAGCUUCACGUGUGUAUAUCGGCGUCUUGACCACACUUGGGUUACCCUAAUCUUUGAAUCAGCUUUGGGAAGGAAGUUCGGAGUUAAUGCUGCAGUUCCUUAGCAUAUGCUCAUCUGAUGGCAGCCUUAAUUUUUCUCAAUAUAUCAUAAUGUUGAGACAGAAAUUACAAUUUAAGACUGUGGUGCUGUAGGAGUGAAUGGCCUAGGAGAAGAUGUAAGUUCUCGCUGCUGUAAUGGGGGGUUAUAAUCCUGCCAGCCCCUUUUUAUCAUAGGAUAUAGCCAACUGCCAUGCAAAAUAAAGAAAUGCACUGGGAAUACCUUAUUACUGGACUACAAGUGGUGAAACUGGAAGUAGAAGAUUUUAUCGUUGGACUCUAGAGAGCAAUCUUUGCUGUGAAAUAAUAUAAAGUGAAAUGCUAUAUAUAUAUAUAUUAUUAGCAGGUUGACGUAUCCAUUGAUACCCUGAUAAACCUUGAGGAAGCAGAUUGUGCUCAGGGCCAUGCUGGGUGCUGCAUGCAUGCUCCUGUGCUGUCCUGAAAAAAA